UUCCAGCCUCUCGUUAUUUAGCUCUCUCUGAACUGGCGAUUCCUAGGAAUAAUAAGGCACAAAAGGGACGAGGGCGACGCUGAUACCAAUACCAAUACCAAUACCAACACCAUGCGGUUGAUGUAAAGUGGAGCAACACGAAAAAAAAGGGAGCAAGCUAAGAAAGAUGGAUGAGGAAGAGGUUCAUAUAGCGGUCGGGAAGAACUCAAGAAAGGAGAAAGCUAACAUACUAUGGGCUGCUGCGAAUUUCCCGAGGGCCACCAUAGUUCUUGUCCACGUUCACUGGCCCUCAAAGUGGAUGCCCUUCAUGGGUGGUAAAGUGCUAUACAAGUUUGCUGACGAAAAGGAGAAGGAGAUGCACAGAGGCAGAGAAACGAAAGCUAUGGUCAACAUGUUAUCACAGUACAAAAAUCUGUGUGGUACAAGAAAGGUUAGCGCACAUUACCUUACACAUGAUGACACUGUUGCCGGUGUUGUGAACCUGGUAAAGCAGCUCAAAAUUAAGAGAAUCGUCAUUGGUUCAAGGAACAUGUCAAGGAAAGUGACACUUCGCCAAUGCUGUCAGGUUUGGGUGGUGCUCAAUGGCAAACACAUCUCCACCAGCAAUGAUCACCUGGAGCACAGUGGAAAUAUUGGAUAUGGAGGGAGCUCAGAUAUUUUAGCAUCUAUACAUGAGCUAGGUGAGGAAUCUGAUGGCUACAUGACACCACCAAGUGACCUCGCAGAAGAAAUCUUGGAUGAGGAGUCGUUGAUUGAAACGGAUGAUUCUGAUCAAUUAGCAACGGAAGAUGAAACAUUGACUGAACAAGGCACAGAGGAAUCAAUUGCUUCCGAAGAGAUCGAAAGCAUUGCUGAAGAGGAUGCUGACCAAUCUGAUGAGAUACAGAGUUUCAGGAAUAUAACUGAAAAGACAGCAAAAAUCAUGGAGGAAAUAGACAGACUCCAAAAGAAACUGAAAGAGCUGCAAGGAGAGGGCCAUAAUCAUGGUGUGAGGAGCUUGUCACCCAGACAAAUGGCUGCUUCACUGAAGCGGAAGAGCUUAUCAGAACCUAAAUACCCAGAGCUGCAAAUCCCAGAGAACAUUGAAGAAUUCUCGAUGUCGCAGAUUGCAAAAGCAACGGAUAACUUCCACUCAAGAAAUUUCAUAGGAGAAGGAGGUUAUGGCCCUGUUUACAAAGGAAAUUUUGGUGGCACGCCAGUGGCCAUCAAGAUGCUGAAGCCUCAUGGUAGACAAGGUUUCCCAGAGUAUCAGCAGGAGGUGGUGGUGCUGAGCAAGUUGGAGCACCCGCACAUCGUGAGGCUGAUGGGCGUGUGCCCGGAGUCUUGCGGCCUCGUGUACGAGCACCUCCCCAACGGCACCCUCCUGGACAGGCUCUCCAAGGGCCUCCUGUGGAAGGACCGCGUCCGGAUCCUCGCCGAGCAGCGGUCGGCGCUGGCGUACCUCCACUCCCGGCGUCCCCACGCCAUCAUCCACGCCGACCUGAAGCUGACCAACAUCCUCCUGGACGCCGGCAACGCGAGCCGGCUGGGGGACUUCGGGACGGCGCGGGCGGUGCACGUGAAGCCGCUGGAGGAGGAGACCAUCGGCCGGCGCACGAACCCGAUGGGCACGACGGGGUACAUGGACCCCGUCUUCUUCAUGACCGGCGAGCUCACCACGGAGUCGGACGUGUACGCGUUCGGAGUGGUGAUCCUGCAGCUGCUCACGGGCCUCCUGGACCUCAACGUCGCGGAGCAGGCGCGCGAGGCGGUGAAGAUGGACGCCGUGCACAGCGUGCUGGACGCGUCCGCGGGGGCAUGGCCGGAGGUGCAGGCCGAGCGGCUGCUCAAGCUGGCGCUCAGGUGCUGCAGCCUGGAGAGGAAGCGGCGGCCGGCGAUCACGUCCGACGCCGAGUGGAGGCCGCUCGACAUCCUACGGGCAAUGGCAAGGCCAGCUAGUAAAUCCUGGAAAUGGAAUUCCCAUGGAAGCUGAACUUACCGUAGUAUUUAUGUACAGUAUCCACAUGCCAUCAAAACAGUAGUAUAGUAUCAGUAGCUAGUCAUUCAACAGUAGUGUUAUCUAGUCAUUCUCUUGAGAUUAGACAAGCAUAUCCAAGCAUAAAUGUGCAUUAGAAUGUAAAUAUUUAGGAGUACGGUAGAAGCAAGAGAUGGGAGUGUGAACAGAAGAUACAAACGCUAGAUGCAGUUGCAAUUGGUUAACCAAGAUAAUGGUGCAGGUGCACGGUGAUUUUUUUGGAA